CAGGGGCGGGUCCCUCCCGCUGGUUCCCGGUAGCGGCGGGUCCCGCCCGGUUCCCGGUAUCGGCGGGGCCGUGCCAGCUCCAUGUCGCGCAGGGCCAUGGAGCAGCCCCGGCGCAUCACCGACUCCUUCCCGCGGCGGCUGCGGCGGCGGGGCCCGGGCCGGCCCCCGGGCAGGCUCAAGGACAAAAAGGAGAAGGAAAAGGAAAAGGACAAGGUGCAGGUGAAGGUGCGGGACUCUCCCCGCUCCCCCUCGCAGGCCCCCCCGGACCCGGCGCUCCUGGAAAUGUUGCGGCGCUUCGACCUUACCUGGGAAUACGGCCCCUGCACCGGGAUCACCCGCCUGCAGCGCUGGGAGCGGGCACAGGAGCUAGGGCUGAGCCCGCCCGGCCCCAUCCGCGACGCCCUCCUGGAGCACCGGGACAACCCCGAUAUCACCUACAGCCUCUGGCACGAGUACGAGCUCUGAGCCGCGGCGCCGAAGAAGGGGGGACCAUUCCUGAGGCGCCCAGACCCCGUUCCAGGGACACCGAGCGGAUUAAAGCUGGUGUGAGCGAAGGAAGGGGUGCUGUGUGCUGUCUGGGGGGGCACGGGGUGGGGUGAAGCCUUUGCAGGGGGAGGGCAGGGAGUUGCAUCCUCCUGAAAAAAAGCCAGGUGGGGCGUCCAGUCACUCAGUUUAGUGCCACCGAACUGGGACCCAGGGAGAAAAAUCUGUUCUUGGUUGGAGAAAGGGAGGUUUUUUUUUUUCCCAGGAAUGGGGCAAAAAAAUGAGGAAUGAGGUAUAAAAUCAGGGCGGUGAGGCAGGUGGCUGUGGACUGUGGGGAUGUCCGGCAGUGGGGUGGCAAGAGUGACAGUGUCCUGUGGGAUUCAAUUAGCAGCUUUGCUGUGUGCAGAAUCGUAAAUGACAGGAUGUGUCUGUUAAUUAUUCAGGUUAUUGAUGACUUAAUUCACCAGCUCUUUCUGUUGCUUCAUCAAUAAAACAAGUUGUUUCUA